GAUCCGCAAUUUUCUACUCAAUGAUUCAGAAGAUGAGGAGCUAAAAGAAAUUAUUCGUACAUUUUCUGGGGAAAGCAGCAACAGAGCACAAGAGACAAGGGAAAGAAUUCUCAUAGAUCAACAAGUUCAACAGACAAGGGCCCAAGGAGAGCAACAAGAACAGGAACAGUUCCAAAAGGAACAACAACAGCAAAAAGGAGGACUACCACAGGAAAAACCAGCAAAAGCAGGACAGGCUUUACGGAGAACAACAGGAGGAGGAGAGAUUAGAUAAAGAACACCUAGAAGAAGAAGAAAGGCUCCGUCGAGAGCAUCAGGAAGAAAAGCUGCGCAGAGAGCAGUGUGAAGAGGAUGAAAAGCUCCGCAGGGAGCAGCAACGUGAAGAGGAGGAAAGGCUUCACAGGCAACAUCAAGAAGAGACUCUGCGAAGAGAGCAACAGGAAGAAGAAAGGCAACGCAAGGAGCGUCAGCAGGAGGUUAGGCUUCGCAGAGAGCAGCAAGAGGAGAAAUUCCACAAAGAACAUCUGGGUGAUAAACUUUGGUGGGAGCAGGAAACUGAAAAACAACGCUGGGAUCAGCAGAAAUAUCACAGAGAUCAACACGACGAGAAAGCCUUUUAUAAUGACACCAUGCAGCCCCAUGUAGAGCCUGAGCUCCUUUCUGUUAGGCACAUUAAAGAGGACACUGAUGAAGGGAAAGACUCAAGCCAGACCCUUCCUGUUCGGCCUUCAGGGUGGGGCUGUCCACCGCUCGUACCACCUCCAAGUCCUUCUAGACCUAAGAGCCCAUGGGGAAGGCUUGACCCUUAUGACUCCAGUGAGGAGGACAGAGAGUAUGUUGGAUUUGCCACUCUACCGAACCAGGUGCAUAGAAAGUAUGUGAAAAAAAGGCUUUGAAUUCACUCUAAUGGUUGCAGGUGAAUCUGGUCUUGGAAAGUCAACCCUCAUCAACAGUCUUUUCCUGACUGAUCUCUAUCGGGGCCGUGAGCUGCCAAGCCCAGAAGAGCGAGUAACACAGACUGUGGAGAUUGUGAAGCAGACGGUGGACAUUCAGGAGAAGGGUGUUCGAUUACGGCUGACAGUUGUGGACACACCAGGUUUUGGAGAUGCUAUAAAUAAUGAGGAAUGCUGGAAGCCUGUCGCUGAUUAUAUUGACCAACAAUUUGAGCAAUACUUUAGAGAUGAGAGUGGACUAAACCGCAAGAAUCUCCAGGAUACACGAGUACAUUGCUGUUUGUAUUUUCUGUCUCCACUCGGACAUGGUUUGCGACCUCUAGAUGUAGAGUUCCUACGAGCACUACAGGACCGGGUGAACAUUGUGCCAAUUUUGGGGAAGGCAGACACUCUGACACCUAAAGAGCUUAUACUGAAAAAAACAAAGAUACGGGAGGAGUUGGAUUAUUUUGGCAUUCAAAUCUAUCAGUUUCCUGAUUGUGACUCAGAUCAAGAUGAAGAUUUUAAGAUUCAGGAUAUGGAGCUAAAGAAAAGCAUUCCAUUUGCUGUGAUUGGCUCUAACACCGUUGUGGAAGUUAAUGGGAAACGUGUGAGAGGUCGACUGUACCCAUGGGGUGUUGUAGAAGUGGAGAAUGAGAAGCACUGUGAUUUUGUCAAGCUGCGGACCAUGCUGAUUCGAACUCACAUGCAGGAUCUGAAAGAUGUGACCCGAGAGACCCACUAUGAAAAUUACCGGGCUCAGUGUAUCCAAAGCCUGACUCAGCGGGUGGUCAGGGAAAGAAACCGCAAUAAACUGACAAGAGAGAGUGGUACAGACUUUCCAAUCCCCAGUGUGCCCCCAUCUCCAGACCAUGAGACACUGAAACUCAUCCGGGAAAAGGAUGAAGAGGUCAGUGAUCAAUCUCUCUGGUAA